AUGGCGUUAGCUACGGUUAUCCUAAGCAGUGGCCUAAAAAGAGUUAUGUACCGUAGCCUUCUUAAAGCAUUUGUUAAAUUGGCAUAUUUAAGGGAGAUCGCCGCCUCGUGCCUUUGCUGUUCUAAUCGUCUAGACAUGCCAUUAGCUCGAAAUGUUUAUUUGGGGCCUACAUGCCAAACUUCGUUGUCACAGCCGAAACAAGUGGCAAAGAAAGGUGGCAGCAUUGGGGGGACAAUUUUGUUCUCACCCUGUUUGGAUUGGCUCCCUGCUGUGACCCGGCGGGAGCCGACCGAUCAAGAGGUUUUUUCGUCUGUGGUUAUCAGGGAUUUGCUUUCAAUGCCUAUGCCCGUCUCCAAGAAGCCAAAGAUUGCAUUUAUGUUCUUGACACCUGGUUCAUUGCCCUUCGAGAAAUUGUGGGAGAAUUUUUUGCAGGGCCAUGAGGGACGAUAUUCCAUCUAUAUCCAUGCAUCUCGUGAAAAGCCUGUGCAUUCUAGUCCUUUGUUUGUGGGCCGAGAAAUUCGCAGUGAAAAGGUAGUAUGGGGCAGGGUUUCAAUGGUUGAUGCAGAGAAAAGGCUGUUAGGAAAUGCAUUGCUAGACAUUGAUAAUCAAUUUUUCGUCUUGCUUUCUGACAGCUGUAUUCCACUACAUACAUUUGAUUACAUCUAUAAUUAUCUGAUGGGAACAAAUGUUAGCUUCAUUGACAGUUUCCUGGAUCCUGGUCCUCAUGGAAGUGGAAGGUAUUCUAUAGAAAUGUUUCCUGAAAUAGAGCACAGGGACUUCAGGAAGGGUGCGCAGAGAAAGUUGGUCUCAUGUGCUAGAUUUAGUUGUGGUGACCUGAUGGGUUUUGAGUUGAGGGGGUACAACCUUCGCCUUCACAGGUGCCGCAAUGGCAUGCCGUGGUUUGCUAUAACAAGAAGGCAUGCUAUACUGAUAAUGGCAGACAACCUCUACUACCGUAAAUUCAAGCUAUAUUGCAAGCCAACAGUGGGACGGAACUGUAUCGCUGAUGAGCACUAUUUGCCAACCUUGUUCAAAAUAGUAGAUCCUGGUGGGAUCUCUAAUUAUUCAGUGACACAUGUUGACUGGUCUGAGGGGAAAUGGCAUCCGAGGUCCUAUAGAGCUGCUGAUAUUACCUAUGAACUCUUAAGAAACAUAACGUAUUUCAAUGAGAUUGUGCACAUUGCAAGUGAUGAGUCUAGAACUGUGACAUCGACCCCAUGUAUAUUGAACGGAAGAAAGAGACCGUGCUUCCUUUUUGCAAGAAAAUUUUACCCAGAUGCUGUCAACAAUCUACUGAAGCUAUUUCCCAGUUACACAUCUGCUUGA